UUUUUUGCUCAGCCGUAAAGUUUGUGCCACGAAAUCGUUGUUUGCCCUGAAAAUAUUCAUUUAAAUUUAUUAAAAUAAACGGGUAAAAACUACAUUAAACGAAAAAAUCUUCUUCGAAAAACGUUUUUAUUAUAGUAAAGUAUUUAAAGUGUUAUUAAUUGUAACUCAAAGUUAUGCAUUUGUAGCAAAAAAUUGUUUUGAAAAUUUGGCUGUGAUUCAGAAAAAAGACGCCGGGUCAGCUUUUUUCUAGUAGAAAAAACUUUUUUGUGCUUUAAUUUAUAAGCGGCUUUUUGUGUAAGAGUGCGGGGGUGUUAAAUGCAUAAUUUUAUCAAUAAAAAACUAAUAGAUUAAAUAAAACGCCAUAAUGGUUGUGGAGACGGCGGUGCCAUUAGCAAAAACCAGAUUUUUAACAUGGGAAAAACAGGAACAUCUCAUAAAAUUGGCAAUUUUGAUAAUCGCUGCAGUAUUGUCGUUCGCCACGCGUUUAUUUUCCGUGCUACGCUUUGAAAGUGUCAUCCAUGAAUUUGAUCCGUAUUUCAAUUAUCGUACAACACGCUUUUUAGCCGAAAAUGGCUUUUAUAAAUUUCACAAUUGGUUUGAUGAUCGUGCCUGGUAUCCGUUGGGACGUAUCAUUGGUGGUACCAUUUAUCCUGGGUUAAUGGUUACAUCGGCUGCCUUAUAUAGGAUAUUAUGGCUAUUAAAUAUUACCGUGGAUAUACGCAAUGUUUGUGUAUUUUUGGCUCCAUUCUUUUCAUCCCUUACCACGUUGGUCACUUAUGCUUUGACUAAAGAAAUACAUAGUACUGGCGCUGGUUUGGUAGCUGCUGCCUUGAUUUCCAUUGUUCCUGGUUAUAUUUCCCGUUCUGUAGCUGGUUCUUAUGAUAAUGAAGGCAUUGCCAUAUUCUGCAUGCUUUUGACUUAUUAUUUAUGGAUUAAAGCCGUUAAAACUGGUGCCAUUUUCUGGUCUUCUAUGUCAGCCUUGGCUUACUUUUAUAUGGUUUCCUCUUGGGGUGGUUAUGUUUUCCUAAUCAAUCUUAUACCUCUCCAUGUUUUGGCUUUAAUGUUUACCGGUCGUUUUUCACAUCGCAUCUAUGUGGCCUACAGUACUUUGUAUUGUGUGGGUACUAUUUUAUCUAUGCAGAUUUCAUUUGUGGGUUUUCAACCAAUACAAAGUUCGGAACAUAUGUUGGCUUUGGGCGUCUUUGGCCUAUGUCAGAUACAUGCCUUUGUCGAUUACCUACGUUCCUGCAUGUCUAAGGAUCACUUUGAGACUUUGUUUAAGGCAUUAAUAUCUACCAUUUUGACAGUGGUAUUUAUUGUGGGCACUUUAUUAACGGUUACUGGUAAAGUUUCACCUUGGACCGGCCGUUUUUAUUCCCUUUUAGAUCCUUCUUAUGCUAAAAAUCAUAUACCCAUCAUUGCUUCUGUCUCAGAACAUCAACCCACUUCAUGGUCUUCAUUCUAUUUCGAUUUACAGAUCCUUGUUUUUCUCUUCCCAGCCGGUUUAUACUUUUGCUUCUCCAAACUUUCCGAUUCGAAUAUUUUCAUCAUUUUGUACGGUGUCACUAGCAUUUAUUUUGCCGGUGUAAUGGUUCGUCUUAUGUUGGUAUUGGCCCCAGUUAUGUGUGUCCUAUCCGGCAUAGCUGUAUCACAUUUAUUGGCUAAAUAUAUCAAAUCGGUUGAAGCAGCUUCAUCAUCAAAACCAGUCGAGAGUAGAAGACAAUAUAAGAAAUUGGAACAACAAAGUGGUGGUGUUAAAAAGGAGGUGGCUUUAGCAUUUGUGGGCAUUGUUACUUUAAUGUUAAUAGUCUAUACAUUCCACUGUACUUGGGUAACUUCAGAGGCCUAUUCAUCGCCUAGUAUAGUUUUGAGUGCACGUUCGCAUGAUGGUGGUCGCAUAAUAUUUGAUGAUUUUCGUGAGGCUUACUAUUGGCUGCAAAUGAAUACACCAGAGGAUGCUCGCAUUAUGUCUUGGUGGGAUUAUGGUUAUCAGAUAACAGCCAUGGCUAAUCGCACCAUAUUGGUGGACAACAAUACCUGGAAUAACACACACAUCUCGAGAGUUGGUCAAGCCAUGGCCUCUUCGGAGGAAAAGGCUUAUGAAAUUAUGCGUGAGUUGGAUGUGGAUUAUGUGCUGGUUAUAUUUGGCGGUUUAACUGGCUACUCCUCGGAUGAUAUUAACAAGUUCCUGUGGAUGGUGCGUAUUGGUGGCAGUACUGAUCGUGGUGCUCAUAUUAAAGAAAAAGAUUAUUAUGCUGCCAAUGGUGAAUUCCGUGUUGAUAAGGAGGGAUCACCAACUCUACUCAAUUGUCUUAUGUAUAAAAUGUGUUACUAUCGUUUUGGACAAGUCUAUACGGAGGGUGGUAAACCGCCCGGUUAUGAUCGUGUACGUGCUGCUGAGAUUGGCAAUAAAGAUUUUGAGCUUGAUGUUUUGGAAGAGGCCUACACCACUGAGCAUUGGUUAGUGCGCAUUUAUAAAGUUAAGGAUUUAAGCAAUAGAGGAGUUUAAUUAACUGCAAGGCUUUCACUCCCUCUCGCUCUCUAUCUCAUUAGUUUGUAGUUUUUCUCUUCAUCUUUUUUUUUCUUUCUCUCAUAUUCUAUAACAAACUUUUUUUUUGAAAAAAUUGUUGAUCAAUAUUAUUAUUUUUGAAAAGAAUUUAUUUGUUUGGUUUUGACAAAAAGUAAAAAAAUCGUAAAAAAUAUAAAACUUAAAUUAUUUGCCAGUAUUCCAGCAGUUUUGCACAAUUGCUUUGAAUCUCUAUUGAAAUUUGCAUGAAUUUUAAACAUCAAGAAAGCUCUCUAUUCUCUUGUUUUUAAACUUAACACUAUUUAAGUAUUAUUAUAAAGUAUAAAAAUUGUAUUUGAACAAAACAAUGAUAAUUAUUAAAAAUAAACUUCCUUAUAAACUUAAAAAAAAAAAAUAAAUAAACAAUUCCCUAAAAAAAGUGCUCAACGUAAAUGUGACAUUGGCAGUCAAAGCUUUUGCAUAAAAAAGAAAAGCUCUUUAAAUGGAAUAAAAUAAAUAUUUUAUACAAGAAUAAUUAAAAAUUAUUAA